AAUCGAAAAUGGAAAUGUCAAACGUGAUAUAAAAUUUGAAUUAUCUGCUAAAAAAGUGAAUUGAAUAUAAAUUCCUUUUGCAUGAAAGUAUAAAAAUGCACGACGCUUAUGAAGCCACCGCAAUAUUGAAGUUAACUGUUCAAAUUGAGUCGAUAGCAGCUUAUGAUGAUAAUUUACUGAUUGGAACAAGGGAAGGCCAUUUGUUGAUGUACAAUGUUCCUUCUAAAUCUCAUGAUCAUCAUAAAUUGGAAUUGUUAGGCCACAACAAGAAUUUCAAUAAGAAACGUAUCAUUCAAGUUGAUGUUGUACCAGAAUAUAAUUUAUUGGUUCUUUUAACAGAUAACAUAAUAUGUAUCCACGACCUGAAAUCUCCUACCAUACAUCAGAUAUGUCAGCUUCCGAAGACUCGAGGUGCAACUCUCUUUGCUUUGGACAUGCAGUGCACAGAAAGUUUAACUGGGGAAAAAAAUACUGUGGUCCGUUUAUGUGUCGUGGUAAAACGAAAACUGCAAUUAUAUUAUUGGAAAGAGAAAGUUAAGAAAUUUGAAGAUUUUUUAGAUGAAUUGACUGUUCCAGACAUACCAAAAGAGUUGGCGUGGUGCGGUGAGACACUUGUCCUAGGCUUUCGUAGUCUUUCCUACACUUUAAUGGAUUUUAAUGGUACGAUCAAGGAAUUGUUUCCUACGGGUAAAUCUCCUGAACCAAGUAUUACAAAAUUAUCAGACACUUCCUUCGCCUUGGGUAAAGACUCUCAAUCUAUUAUUAUGGACACCAAAGGCGAUUUAGUGCAACACAAUCCCAUUAAAUGGUCAGAUUCACCAAGUGCAAUAGCCUCCGACGAUCCUUACCUUUUGGGCAUCGUUCACGAUUCGUUGGAAGUUUACACUCUUGAAGGCUGCCAACAUAUUCAGAAUAUACCAGAAUUAAAUAAAGCCAGAUUUAUAUACAGAUGUAAACAAGGCAGAGUUUUCGUCGCAUCAAUAAGUCAAGUCUGGUGUGUAAAUGCAGUGGACCUAGCCCAGCAAAUAAGAACCCUACUCGAACAAAAUCAAUUCCAGUUAGCUUUAAAAUUAACAAACCUCUCAGACAUAAAGGAUGAAGAGAAGUCCAGAAAAACGCACAAAAUCCAAACGCUUUAUGCUCAUCAUCUCUUCUGCAAUAAAAAGUUUCAAGAAGCAAUGGAUCAGUUUUUGAAACUGGGAACUGAUCCGUAUGAAGUGAUCAGGCUAUUUCCAGAUUUAGUGUCACAGACAAAUGUAAAUGAGAAUAAUGAACCAGUGACGGGUCUGCCGAAACUUCAAGAUCGAGAUUUAGAAAAUGGACUGCUUGCUCUCAUAGCUUAUUUGACUGAAGUGCGGCACAAAUUGAUGGGGGAUAGUCAGUCAAAGGAGAAGGAUAAAAAUGAGAAGGGCAGAGAAAAAGACGAGAGGGGAAAGAAUAUGACUGCGGUCGCCACUGAGCAACUUCUGAAAAUUAUAGAUACUACACUUUUAAAGUGUUAUUUGCAAACUAAUGAUGCAUUAGUGGCUCCUCUAUUGAGAUUAAAUCACUGUCAUCUGGCGGAAGCUGAAAAGACUUUAAUAAUGCACCAAAAGUAUCCGGAACUCAUAAUUCUAUAUCAGACGAAAGGCCAGCAUAAAAAGGCCUUGGAGUUGUUGGAGAGACAGUCGAAGGAGAAUGAUUCUAGCCUUAAAGGUACCGAGAGGACGAUUCAGUAUUUGCAACAUCUAGGGAAAGAACAUAUGGAUUUAAUUUUGAAAUUCGCUGGAUGGAUUUUGGAACAAGAUCCAGGCGAAGGUCUUCGCAUCUUCAUGGAAGAUAUACAGGAAGUUGAGCAAUUACCAAGGCCCAAGGUUUUGGAUUAUCUCUUACGUUGCCAUAAGGAAUCAGUGAUAACUUAUUUGGAGCACGUAGUUUAUGUCUGGGAAGAUAGCAAUCCUCUUUUCCAUAAUGUUCUGGUUCAUCAAUACAAAGAAAAAUGUUUAACAUCCAUGAGCGAAAAUGCAACACCCGCAGAAAAGCAAAAUGUUCAACAUAUCAGACAAAAACUGCAACAAUUUUUGCAAAAAUCUACACAAUACACGCCCGAAACCGUUUUAAGAGAUUUCCCUUACGAAUGCUUAUUUGAAGAGCGAGCAAUUAUCCUCGGAAAACUUGGACGCCACAAGCAAGCUAUAUCAAUAUACAUCAAUUUACUGAAUGAUGUGCCAAAGGCAAUUCAGUACUGUAACAACGUUUAUGCGAGGUUCCAAAGUCAAAGUAGUGAAGAAAUGAGCAAACAGCAAGAUGGCUCAGACGAAGUAUACAUAACGCUCAUACAACAGUUGCUGAAACCCGAUAAUGAUGGAGUCUCUGAUUUAAUGAUGGCUGGAAAUGUUCCGGAAAUGCAGAGGACGGCUGCACCAGAUUUAGAAACAGCAUUAGAAUUAUUGGAAGAGCAUGCUGCUAAAAUAAAGCCCUUGAAAGUUCUAGAAGUUCUGCCUGACAGUGUUCAAAUUGGAAGAAUAAAGCAUUUUCUGGAAGCAAGUUUGCAGAAUAAUAUAAAUGAGAAGAGGCGUAUGCAAGUUCUAAAAGGUCUUUUGUAUGCCGAGCAUCUUCAAGUACAGGAGCAAAGAAUGCAUUAUCAAUCCCAAAGCGUCCUCAUGACUGAAUUCAACAUAUGUCCAGUUUGUAAAAAAAGAUUUGGAAAUCAAAGCGCUUUUGCGAGGUACCCCAAUGGAGAUAUUGUGCAUUAUUCGUGCCAAGUACGAAAAGCGUGAAGUUGAUUGAGAUUUUUGGACUGAUUAGUGAUGGAAAUAUACCAAAAGGUCGACUAUUAAGUGUAAAUACGAACAUUUUGAGAUUUGUAAAGACAAGUAUGCAUUUCUUUGUAAUAUUUUCUACGAUAUUAACUACUUGUGACUGUGGAUGCAUAUUAUAGAAUUGCUUGAAAUAAAAACUCCGUUUCGAAGUACA